UUGACACGCCUCGUGGUUAGGGUUUGAGGCUCAACCACUCUUUAAAAAAGCACACACACUUGGUUCCUUUUCUCUCCUCCACCACUCUCUCUCUUCGUCGUUUGUUCAUUCUUCAAUCUCAGAUUCAACACGAUGAUGCAGCCUGGAGGACCUGGCAUGGCUCCACCCCAACAACCCAACCAGCAAUACCAGCAACAGCAACAACCCUACAUGAUGAUGCCGCCGCAGCAGCACCAACCUCAGCCUCCGACCAUGUGGGCCCCAUCCGCCGCCCAGCCUCCGCAACAACAACACGCUCCUCCGCAGCAGCACCAACAUGCUCAGCCUUCCACUCCCGACGAGGUCCGCACCCUCUGGAUCGGUGAUUUGCAGUACUGGAUGGACGAGAACUAUCUCUACCAAUGUUUCGCUCACACCGGCGAGUUGGCCACUGUUAAAGUAAUCCGGAACAAGAACACGAAUCAAUCAGAAGGUUAUGGAUUUCUUGAAUUUACUAGCCGUGCCGGUGCGGAGAGAAUACUUCAAACAUACAAUGGCACCAUCAUGCCGAAUGGCGGGCAGAAUUUCAGAUUGAAUUGGGCGACUUUCAGCGCGGGUGGUGAGAGGCGUCAUGAUGAUUCUCCUGAUUACACCAUAUUUGUUGGAGACUUGGCUGCUGAUGUGACGGACUAUCACCUGACAGAAGUAUUUAGAACACGGUAUAACUCGGUUAAGGGGGCUAAAGUUGUGAUUGAUAGGCUCACUAGCCGGACAAAGGGUUAUGGUUUUGUUAGGUUUGCAGAUGAGAGUGAACAGGUUAGAGCCAUGACUGAAAUGCAAGGGGUUGUUUGUUCAACAAGACCCAUGCGUAUUGGACCAGCUGCUAACAAAAACCUUGGUACUGGCACUGGCACUCAGCCAAAAGCGUCAUAUCAGAAUUCUCAAGGGCCACAGAACGAGAAUGAUCCAAAUAAUACAACUAUUUUUGUCGGCAAUUUGGAUCCUAAUGUUACGGAUGACCAUUUGAGACAAGUUUUUGGGCUGUAUGGAGAUUUAGUUCAUGUGAAGAUUCCACAAGGCAAGCGAUGUGGGUUUGUCCAAUUUGCAGACAGGAGCUGCGCAGAGGAGGCACUUCGGGUUUUGAAUGGUACACUUUUAGGCGGACAAAAUGUUCGGCUUUCGUGGGGCCGAAGUCCUUCAAACAAACAGACUCAGUCAGAUCCAAGCCAGUGGAAUAAUAGUGCUGGCGGUGCUGGAUAUUAUGGAUAUGCUCAGGGUUAUGAAAAUUAUGGUUAUGCUCCUGCUGGACAGGACCCCAACAUGUAUGCCGGUUAUCCAGGAUAUGCAAAUUACCAACCAGCUCAGCAACAGCAGCAGCAGCCACAGCAAAUGGGAUACAGUUGAAAUCUUGAGCCCCAAUUUUCCCAACUUCUGUAAUCCUAUGUGAUACUUAUUUUCCGUUGGUUGGAAGACCUAUGUUGCUCUUUUUUCUUUUUUAAAACUAGUAUUCUAUGAUUCCUAAUGACAUCCAUGUUCUGUGCGGAUUUUGUAUGAUUACAAAAAUUGUUUGCUGAUUAUUUAUUUCAUGUUUGGAAAUUUGAUGGAUUGCA